GGGCGGGCCUAAAGGAUCAGAGGUCUACUGAGUGGCGGGCGCUUCUCUGGGGUUGCAGCUCUCGUGGUGGGGCGCCAGGCACGGGACUGGAUGAGAGGAGCCUGAGGCCCUUGCGUUGCAGCCCUCCAUGUGGAUCUGAUGACAGGGCACAGCACUGUGUUUGCCAUGCAGCACGUCCUGGGUGCGCCCCGUGUGGUGUGGAGAGGCCUCCGUGGAAGGGACCUCUUUAUGACCAGGACUCUCUGCAGCCCAGGCCCUAGCCAGCCCAGAGAGAAAAGACCUGAGGAGGUGGCUCUUGGGCUGUACCAUCGCCUCACAGCUCUGGGAAGAGCCCUGGGGCACGACAUUCAACAGCGAGCAUCGUCCACAGCCACGACUUGGUGGGACAGAUAUGAAGAGUUUGUUGGACUCAAUGAAGUUCGAGAGGCCCAGGGAAAUGUGACUGAGGCAGAGAAAGUGUUCAUGGUGGCUCGAGGGCUUGUGCGAGAGGCUCGGGAGGACUUGGAAGUUCACCAGGCCAAGCUGAAGGAAGUAAGGGACCGUUUGGACCGCAUCUCCAGAGAGGAUAACCAGUAUCUAGAACUGGCUACGCUGGAGCACCGGCUGCUGCAGGAGGAGAAGAGGCUUCGUGCAGCCUACCUACGUGCUGAAGACUCAGAGAGAGAGAAGUUCUCCCUCUUCUCUGCAGCUGUGCGGGAAAGUCAUGAGAAGGAGCGCACUCGAGCCGAGAGGACCAAGAACUGGUCCCUCAUCGGGUCAGUCCUGGGGGCCUUGAUUGGUGUGGCUGGCUCCACCUAUGUGAACCGUGUGCGGCUACAGGAGCUGAAGGCCUUGCUCUUAGAGGCACAGAAGGGGCCUGUGAGCCUCCAGGAGGCCAUCCGAGAACAGGCAUCCAGCUACUCCCUCCAGCAGAGGGACCUCCACGACCUCAUGGUGGACCUAAGGGGCCUGGUACAAGCUGGCUCCGGGCAGAGCUCUGGGGCCCAGGCAGGUACUUCCCCCACCCGAGACAGAGGCACAGAUGUCCUUUCAGCUGCCUUGAAAGAGCAGCUCAGCCAUUCCAGGCAGGUCCAUUCAUGUCUAGAGGUUUUACGAGAGCGGCUCGAUGGCUUGGAAAAGACUUUCAGCCAAACGGCUGAGGUGGUUCGGCUUACAAAGGCUGCAGCACACCCAGGCCUGCUGGGGCCAGCAGACAGGGCCCUGCCUGGCUCCUCGCUGGAGCAUGGGAGCAUGAUCUUGGCACUGUCGGACAUGGAACAGAGGCUUGAAGCCCAGGUCAACAGGAACACCAUCUACAGCACGUUGGUCACCUGUGUGACAUUUAUGGCCACACUGCCCGUGCUCUACAUGCUGUUCAGGACCAGCUAGCCCCGGGAGCCUUCAGGGGGCUGAGGGAAUAGCUGUGGAUACAAAUGUAGCUAGAAAAUCCCAACAACAAAGUGAGCCUUUGGGGUGCACACAGCCUCAGCCUGAGGCUGAGCACCAUCUGUGUGGCUUACCAGCAGGCACACUUUUGACUUUUAGAAAAUGUUCAUUUAUGUUAAUUAUCAAAACUUUGUGCUAAUGUCCAAAUAAAAUGUCUUUGGGUUCGUG